AUGUCACAGCCACGCCUCCGUCUGCUCCGAAUCAUGUCACAGCCACGCCUCUGUCUGCUCUGUGCCGUCACAGCCACACCACAACUGGGCAACCAACUGGACCUCAUUUUUACACGCCAGCACGUGCUACACCACCCAGCCCCUGGCUGUCUGACGUCCUUUGUGAACAUCGGACUGACCUCAGGGCAGCUGAGUGGAGAUGGUGGAAAUCUAAAGAUCCAGCAGAUCUGGAACAAGCUGCUGGAUGACAGUCAGUCAGGCUUCAAAAGUGGACACUCCACCAAGACUGCCCUGCUGUCGCUGAGAUGGGCGAAAGCUGAAUCCAGAUCAUCCGUCCUGAUUCUGCUGGACCUUUCUGCAGCCAACCAUCAGAUCUUACUCUCUACCCUCUCCUCGCUGGGCAUCACAGGAACUGUGCUUGACUGGUUUAAUUCCUAUCUCUCAGCCCAACAACACCACAGUGACUGCUCGAAUUUCUGCCUGCCUGGCAGACAUCUCGGCCUGGAUGAAGGAGCACCACCUGCAACUCAACCAGCCAAGACUGAACUCCUUGUCUUUCCAGCCAACCCUGCUGUUGAACACAACAUCACAGUGCAGCUGGGUGCAACUACAGUAACGCCUUCCAAAUCAGUCAGAAAUCUAGGGGUAACCAUCGACAACAGACUCAAUUUCACAGACCACAUCUCAAAGACCGCAAGAUCAUGUAAUAUCAGGAAGAUAAGACCCUUUGUCUCUGAACAUGCCAUACAACUGCUUGUCCAGUCACUUGUCAUAACUAGACUGGACUACUGUAAUGCUCUCAUUGCAGGCCUCCCUGCAUGUGCAAUUAGACCCCUGCAAAUGAUCCAGAAUGCAGCAGCACGUCUGGUCUUUAAUGAACCAAAGAGAACACAUGUUACACCACUCCUUGUCUCUCUCCACUGGCUGCCGGUUGAUGCACGUAUCAAAUUCAAGGCUCUGAUGCUGGCAUACAGAACAGUCACUGGGUCUGCUCCAGCAUACCUAAAAUCAUUUAUGUAGAGCUACGUGCCCACUAGAAGCCUGCGGUCGGCUAAGGAACGUCGCCUUGUUGUACCAACACAAAAAGGCAC